CAGCCCCUUGAAGCUCCGCCUCUCGAAACCCCGCCCCUCACGCACUCCACGCCCCUUCCGUACAGACUGCCUCCGGAGCGGGCGCCGGGCGUCGGACGUCGAGCGGAAGUGACGUACGGCGGCUGCCGGAGGUGUCGCUGGUGCGUUCCGCUGCUGGGCCUGAGGUGGAGUAGUUCCUGCGCCAGGGAAGAUAGCGCUAUGUCGAUCGAAAUCGAGUCCUCGGAUGUGAUCCGUCUUAUCAUGCAGUACCUAAAGGAGAACAGUUUACAUCGGGCAUUAGCCACCUUGCAGGAAGAGACUACUGUGUCUCUGAAUACUGUGGACAGCAUUGAGAGUUUUGUGGCUGACAUUAAUAGUGGCCAUUGGGACACUGUUUUACAGGCUAUACAGUCUCUGAAAUUGCCAGACAAAACCCUCAUUGACCUCUAUGAACAGGUUGUUUUGGAAUUAAUAGAGCUCCGUGAAUUGGGUGCUGCCAGAUCUCUUCUGAGACAGACUGAUCCCAUGAUUAUGUUAAAACAAACACAGCCAGAACGGUAUAUUCAUCUGGAAAACCUCUUGGCCAGGUCUUACUUUGAUCCUCGAGAGGCAUACCCCGAUGGAAGUAGCAAAGAGAAGAGAAGAGCAGCGAUUGCCCAGGCCUUAGCUGGGGAAGUCAGCGUGGUGCCUCCAUCUCGUCUCAUGGCAUUGCUGGGUCAGGCACUGAAGUGGCAGCAGCACCAGGGAUUGCUUCCUCCUGGUAUGACCAUAGAUUUGUUCCGAGGCAAAGCAGCUGUCAAAGAUGUGGAAGAAGAAAAGUUUCCUACACAGCUGAGCAGGCAUAUUAAGUUUGGUCAGAAAUCACAUGUGGAGUGUGCUCGAUUUUCUCCAGAUGGUCAGUAUCUGGUUACUGGGUCUGUUGAUGGAUUCAUUGAAGUAUGGAACUUUACGACUGGAAAAAUCAGGAAGGAUCUUAAGUACCAGGCCCAGGAUAACUUUAUGAUGAUGGAUGAUGCUGUCCUCUGCAUGUGCUUCAGCAGAGAUACAGAAAUGUUAGCAACUGGUGCCCAAGAUGGAAAAAUCAAGGUAUGGAAGAUUCAGAGUGGACAGUGUUUAAGGAGAUUUGAAAGAGCACACAGUAAAGGUGUCACCUGUCUAAGCUUUUCUAAGGAUAGCAGUCAGAUCCUUAGUGCCUCAUUUGACCAGACAAUUAGAAUUCAUGGUUUAAAAUCUGGAAAAACCCUGAAGGAAUUUCGUGGCCAUUCCUCCUUCGUUAAUGAAGCAACAUUUACACAGGAUGGGCAUUAUAUUAUUAGUGCAUCCUCUGAUGGCACUGUAAAGAUCUGGAACAUGAAGACCACAGAAUGUUCAAAUACCUUUAAAUCUUUGGGCAGCACUGCAGGGACAGAUAUCACUGUCAAUAGUGUGAUCCUGCUUCCUAAAAACCCAGAGCACUUUGUGGUUUGCAACAGAUCAAACACAGUGGUCAUCAUGAACAUGCAGGGACAGAUUGUCAGAAGCUUCAGCUCUGGUAAGAGAGAAGGUGGUGACUUUGUUUGCUGUGCCCUCUCUCCCCGUGGUGAAUGGAUCUACUGUGUAGGGGAGGACUUUGUGCUCUACUGUUUCAGCACAGUCACUGGCAAACUGGAGAGAACUUUGACAGUUCAUGAGAAGGAUGUGAUUGGUAUCGCACAUCACCCUCAUCAGAACCUGAUUGCUACUUACAGUGAAGAUGGACUCCUAAAACUCUGGAAACCCUAAUUCAACUUUUUAAACUAGCUUGAGAGCAUGUACUUAAAAUGAAGACAUAUUCAUGUAUUACUUUUUUUUUUUUUAAGGCCAGCUUUUCUAAGUAAAUUGUCUGAAUUAGGCACAAGAAUAAUUUUGUGAAAGUUCAUGUUUAAGUAGCAGUUAACUCUUUUUUAUAUAUUUUCAAGGUAUUCGCUUAUCUGUUUCUAACUGGGGCAGUCAGUUAAUGUUUUCAGUAGUCUUUUACCUGGAGAGUGAAAUACUGAUAUUUCUAGGGAAAAACUGUACUCCUUUGAUUACAUGAAAUGCUGAUUAAAACAGGCCUCCUGCAGUAAAACUUGUAAAUAAGGAACUAUCCCAAAUUCAAUAGGUGUUUACUGUUCCAUCUUUUUUUUUUUAAGAUGUUAAUAAACUCUACACCUUUCUGGAGGCUUUGUUUUUAAAUGUAAAUAAGUGCUCAUCUAGUUAACAUAUCUACUUAGAAUGAGAUGAAGAGGGUGGGACACUACACUAUUAUUCCUGAAUCUUAAGUACAGCUGGAAGUCAAUUCCUGGGUAGGACAGACUGAAUGUAAAGUCAGGUGUCACACAGGAUCUUAUUUCACUGCCCUCCCCCAGGCAUUCAUUUUUCUUAGCUGUGCCUUUUCCAGGGAAUAUUGUCUUCAUUUUAUGGAUAGAACUAGUUGCAGGAUACAUUAUAUGAGAAUUCAGUUUUGGCAUAUUUGGAAAUGCAUGUGGGUGUCUCUUUUCUGUUUGAACCAAACGUAUAUGGAAUGCCUAUGUUGACGUGUGAAGGUACUAUGCUAGGUACCAUUUCAAGAAAGUGAGCUUGUUUGCGCCUUUUAUGCCCCCUUUUAAUUUUCCCAAUUGGUAGGUACAAACAAGUGGGGAAAGUUUUGUAUAGUCUUGUAAACCUUUGUCACUUGAAAUAUAGCCUGAUCCUGUAUUUGGGGUCAGCUAGCUGUGCCUAGCACAUAAAAAUGCUUAAUACUGGCUGAAUAAUUCUUAGCAGCACUAUGGAAUCCAUCUUUCCCAGUCAUAUUCCCCAAACUGUCUUUCUGCCACAAAACCUGCAGCUUUUUCACAGAAUGUCAUUUGCUGCGGAUUUGAGAGUUGAAUAGCUGUUGAGUCUAUAUGAAUGAAGUCUGCCAUUCCUCCCAGUGAAGAGGCUUGUUAAGAAAAGUUUAAGGUGCAAAGAGCUUAUAUUAAAAUUCCUUAGAAAAAUCUUCAAGAAACUUUUAAUAUUGAUUUAGCCCAUGACCUUGUGAACUGGCAGUGGUGAGAUGCACACUUUGUGCCAGGGCUCACGGAGAGCAAUAAUCUUUUCACCACAUGUACACUUAUUCUUUCUAGGAAUUUUUAGCAAAUAAACCCCUCUUCUGCUCCUGCACCUAGUGCUCAGGAUGGUUAAAGACACUAGUUUCUGUCACAGGAUAGGGGAGAAAAACAAGUUAACAGGAUUAAUUAAAAUAGUGGGAUAACAGAAAAUCUGGAGUUUUUUUGAUGAUCCGGACCUAGUGGGUUAGGAAAGGCUUUCUGGAGUUGACCAUAAAAGGACCAACAGGAGCUGAGUAAAGGGCUUUGGUGAUCCUAGGAGCACUGCAGUGUGCCAUAGCUGCAAGGCAUGUGAUAGACAUAUGGUAGGGUCUGGGGAGACCAGGCAGAGGAGAGGACUGGACUGAGAGUCAUUAAGUAUAUUUUCUUUUUUAAUGAAGUAGUGCAUUGGUGUAACAAGUUAACAAAAAAUGG